UUUAAGGUUUAAGGAGUAAAUGAACUGUGCAUCUAACGAGUGCAGGUUAUUCCCCUCGGUCUGUCUACAUUGAGCCACUUGUGGUAUAGCCUGUCCCUCAGGCAGCUUUAAUGAGUGGCAACAUAGAGAAAGGAAGUACCGGUGUCAAGGAAGUAGAAAAUGCUAAAAUCAAUUACCAUAAUGCAGGAACACAAUCUGAAUCUGCUAUGCUCGUUCUCAUUUUGCCUUCAUUCAUUGUAUUGAAUGAAGGCACAAUAAAGGCCAAAACAUUUUUUCCAUCUGUUCUAAUUUCCAAAAUCUUCUCUAGAUUGAUUGGCAGUCGAGUCUUAAACAUGCAUAUUGUUACUAAAUGCACGUAGUUAUGAUGUACUGUUUAAUAAUUUGUCUUUUCUCUGCUGCAGUCCAUCUGUGUCUUCCUGCCGUGACCCUUCGGAUAAAGAGCUUCCGGCAGGUUGGUUGCUUGUACAGUACAAGCCUUGUUUGGCAACCGUAUCUUUUAUACUGUACCCUUGGUUAAUCCCCAUUGUCCAGUCAAGCCUCAUUAAUCUGGACAACUGAUAUGAAUGAAGAGGGACCGAGGCUUCCUCUUCUCCCCCCCAUGGCUGUCUGUCUUUCUCCCCCGGAAAGGAAGUGACCUGCUUGUCAGAGCAGGAAUCAGGCCAUGGCGACGCAGUGGGACAUUUUGUUUAUAUCCUCUGCACAUGCUCACACAUGUAGAGCUGCCCAUACAGAGUUCAGUUGUUGUUAACUUGGUCAAUAAUUACCUCGGGCUCUGAGGAAAUCAUUGUCUCCAAUAUUACCGGCAUUUUAAUCAUUCAGCGUACAGAGUUACAUGAACUUAUUCAGAUUAGAAAUCUUCUCUGCAGUCCUGAGUCAAAGCUAGGUGCCUAUAGAAAGAGUAAAGGAAAUUCUCUACCAAAGACUGAAUGUGGCCCUUGAUUUAAAGUGUAAAGAAAAGAAGAAGAAAAAUAGACAAGAUCAAUUUAAAAGUUGUUUAUAAAAACAUCACCUUACAAAACCUCAAAUCUGACAAUAUUAAAUUUACUCAAUAAAUUAAUGCACCUCUCUCCUGGCACCCCGUCCCUACCUCCUACAGCACUCUACACCUCCCCUUUUCUGCUUCUAUGCAAAUCUGUUCACCACCCACUAUAAAUACAUCCAUUCUGACAACAUCCCCUCCACUUUAACCAAGAGAUCAUCGUCACUUCUUGAUUCCCCGCCCCCGUUUUAACUUUCUGACGACAAUGUUCUCCCAGUUAGCUUCUUUGCUCCUUCUCCUCAUACUUGCUGGGUCCAGCAAACCGGUGAGUGUACGCAGAGGUCAAGCACAGCUGGACGGACAUAUCAGGACAGAAGACGCACUUCAAUCUGUGUUUAAGGACAAGGGCCGAGACCUGACAAGUGUGGACAGCAGGAAAGAAGAUGUAUUUGGAGAUUCUCCUUCUUCAAAGGAAGAAAUCGCAGCGGCAGCAGAAGAUGGAGAAGCGUGGGGAGAGCAUGGUGCUCCGUCUAACUUCAGAUCCACACACUUAAUAAGCGACGGUAAACUGUGGGAUCCCCGCUUCUCUUCUCGAUGUGUGCCAAUCCCUUCCACCAUGGCCUUGUGCCACAACAUUGGCUAUGACACCAUGCGGAUCCCGAACCUCCUAGGCCAUGAUUCCCCAGCUGAGGCUGUCCAGCAGAGCGCCAGCUGGUUGCCACUGUUGGCCAGAGAGUGCCAUCCAGACGCUCGCAUUUUCCUCUGCUCUCUUUUUGCUCCGAUCUGCCUAGACAGGUUUAUCUCCCCCUGCAGAAGUUUGUGUGAAUCUGUGCAGGGCAGCUGUGCGCCAAUCAUGAGUUGCUACGGCUACCCCUGGCCUGAAAUCCUGCGGUGUGACCAGUAUCCUGCAGACCACCUCGUGUGCAUCUCCUCCAUCACCAACGCAACUGCUUACACGGGGGCGCGCGGAGUGCCUCAGGCAAGCUGUCGGGACUGUGAGCUGGAGGAGGCCUCCUCCCCAAAAGAGACACUGGAGAACUUCUGUAGGAGUGAUUUUGUUGUGAAGCUGCGUCUGACAAGGCUUAGGUAUAGUCCAGUAAGUCUAUCUCAGUUCUCCUUGGCUGCCAAGCUGGACGUCUUAAAGCGUGGGUCUCUACUAGGUGGGCAGAUUCGCUCACGCAUUGAACUGUGGCUAGAGAGAGAUGCCACAUGCGUUCGGAACAUGACCCGACAGCAUCCACGAGGCGGCACCUUCCUAGUAACCGGGACAGUCCAGGGGGAACGCCUGGUGGUCAAUAAGGCUUACGCUUGGCAAAGAGAAGACAGAAGCCUCACUGCAGCUGUGCGCAAGUGGAAAAGUCACAGGUGCAGGAACUAACAACUUGCAGAAUCUUAAAACAUUCUGAGUGUGAGAUCAACCGAGCAGGGCGGAUAGUUUAGAAGCUUGCCAUAAAGCUGCAGCUUUAAAUAUUUGUCCGACUUUUUAAAAGGAAUUCAAAGCAGGUUAGAACUGAAAAAUGAUAGUUACGGCACAUUCAGGAUUGAGAAACUGUCACUACGACAGCUGAGCAUAAAAGAUGAUGGGAAAAUGAUAGAAAAUAAAAUGUAAAUACUGUGUUUCUAAACUUGAACUUAAUGUUGCUGGUUUAUAUAUUUCUAAUUCAUUUCCUUUUUGAGUUUUCUUUCUAUCUAAAUCUGCUUAUUGUAUUUUCUAAUUAAUAAUGGUGAAGCAAAAAUUCUAUCCGUUUCAUUCUUUUUAUAUUUCUGAAGGUUGUUGUUGAAUUAUGAAAAAAUGCAUCCAGUGUGUUAUUUGACUACAUUUUGUUAAAUAAAUAUUGCAGCAUCGUUUCUGUCACUUUAACUUUGUUUCAUCAUUUUGAACAAAAUAAACCAUAUUUCUAAAAACGUCAGGUUUACUUAUGGGGAAAUGCAGUUUCAUCUGAAAUGUAACUUCCACAUAUUUUUUUUUUUCUGAGCCUAACAGCAGUCAUGUCUAUUAUAAUCUGGAUGGUCACUGCCUUCUGAGUACUAAAGAUAGAACAACUUUUCUUAAAAACCUGUUUAGGGAUCUACAAAAGUGGCACAUUUAAUUAUUUUCUGUUCUACUUUGUUGUUAUUUGGGGGAAAUUCCUUUUUUCUUUGAAAAGCAUUCAUAGUGUGUUUCAUAGCUGCCAUGUACACUCAAGGUACCCUCUCAUACAGGGUUUCUAGGCGUUCUGUCAAACUGGUUAUAUCAGGUACAUCUUGCUAAUGUUGCAGACGCCUCAAGUGGCUGCAGGACAGUUGAUGUUUUCAAAUCAAAGAAUGUGAACCACUCUUUGUGAAUAAAUAGCAACACAUAAUGCAACCGAGUUUUUCCACAGAUGGCAGGUCUCA